AUGUUCUCAAUCGUUACCACUCUUUUCCACUCAAUCUCGCUAUCGAUACUGGUUUAUGGUUACAACAGCCUUCAUACAAUGUCUAUCGACGAAUGGAUUAGGUCACAGUAUGGCGGCCACUUCCAAUAUUUGACGAUCCAGGGGCUCAUCAUUGCGGGCAUUACGAUGGCUGCCAGUGUCGCACUAGAUCUUUUCCCGUCCUCAAAAGCUUUGCUCGCUUUCAAAAGAGCAUUGUUCAUGAUUGCGAUGCCUUUGGCGACGGUCAUAUCAACAGUCUAUUGGUCCCUUUUGCUGUUGGUUCCUACUAUGAUCUUGCAAGAGAGUGGAAAGUUUUCAGACCAUCCCGUCUCUGCGAACAUCGCAAAACUUGCACUAGUUCGGAUACCUCUAUCUGUUGACCUGUCAUUGCAUUUGGCUCCUGGGGUUUCACUUUUGGUGGAUUUUUUCGUCUUUGAGAGAAAGUACAGUCAGAAGGAGGCCAGACGGGUUGCACCUGCUAUAGCUCUUGCCUACACGAUUCUCUAUGGAAUAUGGGUCGAGCACUGUGCGAAUCACAAUCAAGGCAUGUUUCCCUACCCAUUUCUGACAAUGAGUCCUCCAACUGGACGUCUUGCUAUCUAUGCGGCGGCUGGCCUAUUCGCAUUUCUGUCCUUUAAAAUGCUCAAUCAUUUGCAUGAGUAA